UGCCACCUAUCAAUGCCAGUUAGUGCCACCUAUCAGUGCUGCCAAUGAGUGUGCAUCAGUGCCGCCUAUCAAUGCCAGUCAGUGCUGCCUAUCAGUGUGCAUCAGUGCCAUCUAUCAGUGCCCAUCAGUGCUGCCUAUCAGUGCCGUCUAUCAGUGCCAGUCAGUGCUGCAUUUCAGUGCCACCUAUCAGUUCCAUAUAUGAGUGCUGCCUUUCAGUGCCUAUCAGUGAUGCCUGUCAAUGCCCAUCAGUGCCAUCUACCAGUGCCUCCUCCAGUGCCCAUCAGUGCCCCUAUCAGUGUCCAUCAGUGCAGUCUAUCAGUGCCCAUCACUACAGUCUCAUU